CAAAUUGAAAAGCGCAAAAACAAAUUCACUAAACGCAACAACAAAUUGAAAAGCGCAACAACAAAAGAAGAAUCACAAAAACAAAUUGAGAAGCACAAUUACAUUAAGAAAACCGGAAAGGGUAGGUACCAGUCGGCAACAGGAGACAUCACUGAUUGGAUGUCCGCGCUGUUCGUCUUUGGAACCGGAAGUUACUCUGCCUGUAGCGCAUUUCUUUUGAAAAACGGCGGAAUGUUUUGUCCUAGCUAUGGGAAAAGUCUGGUUGAGGAGUCACCAAACUUUUGCAGCGGCUGUGGCGAGAGGCUUUAUCACGCAUCUUGCAUCGGAGACACUUCACUCCCUUUGACAUCACAGACUACCUCAAACUGCCCGACUCCAACCUUCAGCACCUUCUUAGAAUACAGAAAAAAGAAAAAUGAAGAGAGGCAAAAGUUUUCUGAAGGGAGGAAGGGCUUAAAGAAAAAGGAAAAAAGAAAGGUUCAGAUAAAUGUCGGCUUGAUGACCAUUAAAAAGGGUGGUUUGAAGCCAUACCGUGGAAAAACUAUUUUCCUAACAACAGACGCUGACGCUACUGCCACAAGUCUGCUCAAUCAAGCUGUUAAAAAAAUGAAGGACUUUAACAAAGAUCUAAAAGAUGGACCUUUCCUUCUUCUGUAUCCGGAUGGCACUGAGGUCAUUACUGUCCCUGGAACACAAAGACCAUUUACACUUGAGGCUUAUAAGGCUGAAGUUGGCAAGCCUUAUCAAAGAAUCACUGUUUUCAUCUGCUUGAAGAGUGACUUUGAAGAUGUUGGAGAAAACUCAGACUUGUCUGACUCUGACCCAGAGAUUGUUAUUAAAAGGCCCUCUGAGUUUGAUCUUGCUGAUACACUGCCAUGGGAACUUCAACAUGAAAGCAGUCCUUUACAGAAAGCGGCAGAAUAUGAGAAGGGUGCUGGGAUCUUGUGCUUGCUAAUGAAGUACAACAGAGACACCAAUUUGCAGGCACAUGGAAUUAUUGCAAAUUUGGCACUGGAACUUGACCACAAGAAGGUCAGCAGGUUCAAUAUAUCAAGGUCAGCUGUAUGGGAUGGAGCUGUUAGAGGAUUUCGACGCAGCACAUACUCUGACAACUACGACAUGUUCAUCAAGUUUAAUGAUGAUGCUGGCAGCUUUGAAGAAGGUUUGGAUACAGGUGGCCCGAGGCGUGAAUUCCUCACACUUCUUAUGGGCAGUCUGCGAAAUCGCCCCAUCUUUGAUGGACCUCCAGAGAGCCGUUAUCUUGUAUAUAAUUCAAGAGCUGCCAGGCAAGAUGAGUACUUUUUAGCAGGAAAGAUGAUCGCUGUAUCCAUUGUGCAUGGGGGACCAGCACCACAUUUCCUCUCCAAGAACCUGGUCAACCACAUCACAGGGAAUCAGAGUUUCAGCGCCACUGUAGAAGAUGUGCAAGAUGAGGAGAUCACAAAAAUUCUACAUCAGGUCCUGAAAGCUGAAUCAGAGGAGUCUUUGCAUAAUCUUAUUUUGCAAAACAGCACAAUCUUCCAAACUGCUGGAUGCCUCAGAAACGUCAAGCCUUUUGAGAAACAAGCAUUUGUGGAGGAGUACCUCAGAUGGUACAUCCUUGAAAGAAACCAAAGUGUCAUUCAACGAUUUAAAGAUGGACUGGAAAGUCUGAAUUUUUUAAGUGCACUGCAACAAAAUUCCAGUGUGCUGGCCCCACUCCUAUGCUUCUCUGCCAAGGCCCUGACUGCUUCAGAACUGGAGAGCAUGUUCAGACCAGAUCUCAGCCCAGCAGGAAGCAACAAGCGGCAUAAGGAGGUCCUAACACUUGGCUUUUGGGCAGAUUAUCUCCUUGAUUGUGAAGAGAAGGCAACAGCAGUGUGUCUGGAAGAUUUGAUGAUGUUUGCCACAGGGCUGACGGCAGUUCCACCGGCAGGAAUGACACCACCACCAUGCAUCCAGUUUUUAAGUGUUUUGCCUUUUCCAGUUGCAAACACCUGUGCAAAUACUCUGAAGCUACCCAUCUGUGACUCAUACAGCAUCUUUAAGGCCAACAUGGACUUUGGAAUUCAAAAUGCUCCAGGAUUUGGAUGUUCUUAAAUCAGCAAGGUCAUCAAGUUACAGUUACUGAGUUACCCUGUUAGGUUCAGCUGCCGUUGGCAUACUACUUAACACAUUCAUGUGACAAGCAACUUCCAUAUUGUUAAACAUUUAGUUGUUUUUUCUGAAUAUUGUGUAUGUUGGAAAAGUGACAGAAAUGCUGGACACUAUUUGUAAAUGGUUUUAUUAAAGAAAAUUUUAAAUGUU